CUGCUCCAUUUCCAUGGAAGUGCAGUGCGCAUAGCAUCACGGCUGGAGAAGGAAUGGAAGCGUCAAAGAAAAGUAGAGGUGGGAAUGUUCGGUCUGUCUUGUGAGGAGGGCGGCCACAUGUAGCGUCAUUUUUGGCUAAUGCUUUUGAAAAUGCAUUUUUUUUUCUCCCCAGUAACGAACGACAAGGAUAUCUAGAAAACGUAUUGAAUAAGAGAUAGAGUUUAUAGGAGACGGCGAGCAGCAGAACCACACUCAUCCUUGAUCCUUCUGUUUUGGUUUAAAUUAUAGGCAAAUUAAAUUGCUUCUUCACGGACAAGAUCCUAAGGCUACAUGACACAACAAACCAAACGAUACUGUAUCGAUAUGUGUCGGGGGACAAUGAAUAGAACCGAAGAAUUCUGCGUCAAAGUGUUCCGAUAGGGCGCUGGACCGAGUCGCACCAUGAAGACCCAGAAGGCCGGGGCCCCCGGGGGCCCAACGCCAAGCUCUCCUUCCCCACGCCAACGGAUGUCUGGUUUCAGCCUGCGGGGCCGGAAGAAGAAGGAGGGCCUGAUCCAAGGCAAGCUGCGGAUCCGCUCUGUGCCAGGAGCCUUCCUAGUGCUGGGGGUCAUUGUGGUGGUGGUGGGCACGGCUCUGGCAGUGGCUGGGUACUGGCCCUACCGGUCCCACCGAUCAUCACAGCUCCUUGGACUUGGACAACAAGGCUCUGGUUCUGUGGACAGAGCAGCAGGAGGUAGAGGUAAGGGUGUCUCUGAGCCCCAGUCAUCCGGUUGGAACCUGGGGGCUAAGAGACUCCUGACCACGGCCAGUCUGAUCCACAGUGAGCGGAUGAAGCUCCUGGGACCAGUCAUCAUGGGCGUGGGGCUGUUCAUCCUCAUCUGUGCCAACACGGUGCUGUACGAGAACCGCGACAGAGAGACCCAGAUGCUGCUGGCCCAGAUGCAGAACGUCAUCUGUUCGGUGUCGGCGGCCGUGCCCUCGGCCGACCUCUCAGACAUGUCAGCAGCCAACUCCAUGGCCAGACACUACCAGUGGGUGAGCAGUCUGCCUGCCACCCACCUUAACAUCCUCUGUCUGCAGCAGCUGGCCAGCUCAGAGCCCCUGCUGCAGACGACCAGAGACAGCAGGGAGGAGGAGGAGAGGGCUGACUAUACGUACCAGCAGGCCACCAUACAGACGGAGGCUCUACACCACCAGGAGUCAGCCUCCACCCCUUCCCUCCACUCCUCCCAUUCCAACUCCUGCAACUCCAGCAAGACUGACUUCAACACGCUGUGGUGCGGUGGUGAGCCAGGCGUAGGGGGCUCCAGCCCAGACCCCCAGCCCGCUCACCUCUUUAAACUCCACAACUGUCUGGUGUCAGCCAGCUCCAUGUCCACUCUGGGAGGGGACGACUGGUCGGAGGUCACAGCCAUGCUUCCCAGGCGCUCCUACAGUCUUAGCUACAGGACUAACCCAGGCCCCCACGGGCCCCAGACUGUAAUACGUCUACAGGAAGGGGCCAUGCGACCCGGGGGACCUGGGGCAGACCCACAGAUAGUGCAGCACAAGCCCACGCGGAGGGAGCGCAGCUUGGACGUGUGUGUGAACAUGGUUGGAUGUGUGGAGACCCCGGAGCUCACCCCCGUAGAGGAACAGAGGCAUCGCAGCUGGCCCCGGUUAGACCUGGGCUGUGCCCGCAGGUACCUGAAGCUGGACAAUAAGGAGGACUCGGUGGACAGACUACUAGACCAGUUGGAGCAGCAGUGUUCUCAGUGGGAUAAGAGUUUCGGCUCAGGGCCUUUCCAAUGAGACCCAGUAAGGGCCCCAUAUCUCAAUAUGGCCCCAUAUCUCAAUAAGGCCCCAUAUCAGGGUCCUCUGUCUGUUUUUUAAAAGCAGUUUAUAAAGAAAGAUCCUCAUGGAUGCUGAUAUAUCGACGACCAGGAGUAGGAGCUUUUUCUGUUGGAUUAUAACACUGUUUUCACUGACUCCUGAACCCCAGAAACCCUUUUAUGUACGACACCCAAUUCCUCUCCACAGUGUCGAGCAGCUUCCAAAUCUGAAGAUACAAACCUUUUAGAAACCUUGUUUCUCGGACUUCCCAUGGCGUGGAUAUAUAAACACAAGUGUUGGAAGACUGCAGACCAAUGGGAUCAGUUUGGCAGACAUUCUGUUUUAAGAGGGGAACAAUACUCCAUACUGUCAAAGAUACGUUGGAGACAUUUCCCAGUCUGUGUACUGGGUGGCAGUUAGGCUUGACACUUGGCAACACUGAAGGAAUCAAUUUGUCUUUCAUUGCCAAGGCAUUGCUUGUUUCCAGGACACAACAAGCACAUCCGAAUGUGGGAGGUGGAAAACGCAUUAUAACGAGGGACUGUCUUCACUGUGUAAUCUAUUUAAAAACCAAACUACUCAAAUCUGUCGGCGAGCCUCAGAUGUGCUUCUGAUAACAGCUAGUACAAUAAAACACAUGUUCCAUAGACCAAAACAAGUGCAUGAUGAUAGAGAUGUCAUGUGUAAUCUACAUCUACAUAGUUAUGCAGAAUAAUGCUUUAAUUGGCUGUGGAUCAGAUAAACACAUAGUUAAUGAUUGGUUGAUAACACUUUAUUUGAAGGUUACCUAAAUAAAGACUUCAUUACACAUUCAUAAACACUACAUAAGCAUUGAUUAAGUAUUAUGUAGUGCUUGUUAAUGGGUUAUGUAGGGCUUAUGAAUGGGUUAUGCAAGCUUAUGAAUGGGUUAUGUAGGGCUUGUUAAUGGGUUAUGUAGGGAUUAUGAAUGGGUUAUGUAGGGCUUAUGAAUGGGUUAUGUAGGGCUUGUUAAUGGGUUAUGAAGGACUGGUUAAUGGGCUAUGUAGGGCUUAUGAAUGGGUUAUGAAGGGCUUAUGAAUGGGUUAUGUAGGGCUUAUGAAUGGGUUAUGUAGGGCUUAUGAAUGGGUUAUGUAGGGUUUAUGAAUGGGUAAUGUAGGGCUUAUGAAUGGGUUAUGUAGGGCUUAUGAAUGGGUUAUAUAGGACUUAUGAAUGGGUUAUGUAGAGCUUAUGAAUGGGUUAUGUAGAGCUUAUGAAUGGGUUAUGUAGGGUUUAUGAAUGGGUUAUGUAGGGCUUAUGAAUGGGUUAUGUAGGGCUUAUGAAUGGGUUAUGUAGAGCUUAUGAAUGGGUAAUAAAUCCCUUCACGUACUAUGUUGUCCGUUUGCUGUCCUUCUCCUGGUAAUUACCAAGUGUGUGUCCCAAACUACACCCUAUUCCCUAUAUAGUGCACUACUCUUGACCUGCAUUCAUAGGGCUCUGGUCAAAAGUAGUGGUCUGUAUAGGGCAGGGCUCUCCAACCCUGUUCCUAGAGAGUUACCGUCCUGUAGGUUUUAACUCCAACCCUGUUCCUGGAGAGAUACCGUCCUGUAGGUUUUAACUCCAACCCUGUUCCUGGAGAGAUACCGUCCUGUAGGUUUUAACUCCAACCCUGUUCCUGGAGAGAUACCCUCCUGUAGGUUUUAACUCCAACCCUGUUACUGGAGAGAUACCAUCCAGUAGGAUUUCACUGCAAGAGGGUAUGUCUCCAGGAAUAGGGUUGGGGAGUCCUGGCAUAGGGAACAGGGUUGGGGAGUCCUGGCAUAGGGAACAGGGUUGGGGAGUCCUGGCAUAGG